AUGACACAACCAACGACUAUUGACAUGACAUUCGACACUUCUCUUGUGGAUGUCAAACCACCCACCAUUGACGCAAACACAUCUUUUUCAACUGUCGAAUCAGAUCAAGCAAAUACAUCUACUAUCCAGCCACGACCCCAAGUACCAAUCCACCACAUACCCACGCAAGACGCAUACAACCAAUGGGCCUCCCAAUAUGACUCGGACGGCAACAUGCUCCAAGCCAUCGACGACAUCGAACUAGCCGCCUUCCUGCCCACCUUCCUCUCCCAAAUCCCCAAUCCCAACCCCUCAACUUCCUCCUCCUCCUCAGAAAGCCCCCUCCGCAUCCUCGACCUCGGCUGCGGCACCGGCCGCAACACACUCAAACUCUUACGCCACUUCACCCAAACCCCUGCUCCCUCCCAAUCUCGCACUAAGAUCAUCGGCAUCGACUUCUCACCCGCCAUGCUCACCAUCGCCCACUCAAAACUCUCCCCUUAUCCCCCGGAAACCUGGGACUUACACUGCUGUGACAUCUUCUCCUCCCCCCCUUCCUCCUUGCCCAUCCCCGCCGUCCACGCCAUCCUCUCCACCCUCGUCCUCGAACACAUUCCCCUCUCAAAUUUCUUCUCUACCCUCUCUUCCUUACUCUUACCCUCUGGUGUAGCGCUGAUUACCAAUAUGCACCAUGAAAUGGGGAGGUUGGGUGGGCAGGCGGGGUUCGUGAGUCAGCAAGGGGUUAAGGUUAGGGGAAGGAGUUUUUUGCAUAAGGUUGAUGAGGUGCUGGAGAAGGCGGCGGAGAGUGGGUUUGAGGUCCUGGGGGUUAGGGAGAGGGAGGUUAGGAGGGGGGAUUUGGAUGGGGGAGUUGUGGGGGGAAGGGGGGAGAAGUGGGUUGGGGUUAGGGUUUGGAUGGGGGUUUUGGUGAGGAGGGUUGGAUGA